GACGCAGGCGGCGUCACCGUCUCCAAGGAGCGGUCCGGGGCACCGGUUUCAAAGUCGCAGGGCGGGCCGAGUGGACUUCCGCUGCUGGCCCGGGGCUUCCCUACCAUCUUGGCGUCGCCCCCUCGCUCCGUGAAGGAUGCCGCCUCCAGGCUGCCCGCCGGCUCCCUUGGUGCACUCCUAGGUUGCAGGACAAGACCUCUAGGAACCUACGGGACGCCUGUCGCCCCGCGUCCCUGUCCCACCCGGUGGGAUUCGGUUGAACGUGGAACAGAAUUCACUUGGCGCGUCCUUAUCAACCCUGGAAUCGGAAAUCUCUGGCCAGGGAGAGGGACUGGUCUGGGAGUCGGGAGAAGGCAGAGCGUCAGGGCUGCGGGCGCCGCGUGAAUGGGAUGCUGAUUACACCGCCUGACAGCCUCCGGAUCCUUGCUUAGUUUUGUUUUCCCGCAUAGCGAGCUCCGUGUUUUUCAGAAGCUAAAGGUAGUGAAAGCUCCAAAUUAAAACUGUCGAAAUGGCCACGGAAAUUGACUUUCUGAGAGACCAAAAUCAAAGACUGAAUGAAGUUCUUAGGCGAUAUCAAAUGGAAAAUUUUUCCAAAUAUACAUCUGUUCAGGUGACAACUAACUGAGCACCAAAAAGGAAACCUGUUAAAGUGAAAUGAACACUAUGAGAAACGGUGACUUGAUCAACCCUCACCCUGACUGUUGAAAGCUGUCUUCAAAGGAGACGGAGAAGACAUGUUAGAAAACUCAGUAGUUGACCAAAGCUUUUUAGCCCCUCUUAUUACUGAGUAUGAUAAAAAUAUAGAAGAGCUAAAUGCACAGCUAAAAUAUUACCAGAAACAGAUGGGAGAGAUGAAACUACAGCUUCAAAAUGUCAUCAAGGAAAAUGAAAGGUUGCACAGUGAAUUAAAGGAUGCCAUUGAAAAGCAAUUGGAGGCCCUUCCCUUUGCUGCAGAGAUAGGAAAUGACAUAUAUAAAGAUGAGGAAACAGUCAAGAACCUUCAAGAACAAUUGCAACUAGCCAAUCAAGAAAAAACUCAGGCUAUAGAACUCUGGCAAACUGUUUCUCAGGAGCUGGACAGAUUGCAGAAACUUUAUCAGGAAUAUAUGACUGAGGCCCAGAUUCAUGUGUUUGAGAGUCAGAAACAAAAGGAUCAACUGACCAAUUUUCAACAGCUCACCAAACAACUUCAUGUUACUAAGGAGAACAUAGAAACGACUAACCAACACUUUCUGAAGACUAUGACUGAACAGAAUGUAGAAAUUGAACAACUCCGAAAACAACUUCGGAAAGCCAAGUUAGAUCUUAGAGUUGCAUCAGCAAAAGUGGAAGAGUUAACUAAAGUGACUGAAGAUCUUCAGGCACAGAUGCAGAAGAAGGAGGAAGAUAUGAUGUCUGCUCAAGGAAGAGAGGAAGCAUCAGAUAGGCGCUUACAGCAGUUACAAUCUAGUAUAAAACAAUUAGAAACAAGAUUAUGUGUGUCAAUUGAAGAAGCCAACCAGUUAAGAGCAGAAAAAACACAUCUGGAAAAACAGAACAGAGAGCUACAAGCAAAGUGCAAUCAACUAGAAAAUGAGAACUAUGAAGCUAUUAUAAGAGCCAGAAAUAGCAUGCAACUCUUAGAAGAAGCUAACCUUCAAAAAAGUCAGGCUCUGCUUGAAGAGAAGCAAAAAGAAGAAGAUAUAGAGAAAAUGAAAGGAACAAUUUCACGACUUCUGCAAGAUGCUGCCCUGAGAACCAGUAAAGAAGUUACAAACACAAAAAAGCAAUAUAAUGUACAGAUUUCUCGGUUAACAGAAGAAAUUUCAGCUCUUCAAAUGGAGUGUGCUGAAAAACAAAGCCAAAUCGAACGAGUCAUUAAGGGAAAAAAAGCAGUGGAAGAAGAACUAGAAAAGCCUCUCCUGCAGAUCUACCGUGAAGGCAGAGUCAAUGAAAGUGAUUACAGAAAACUGGAGGAAAUGCACCAAAGAUGCCUGGCUGCUGAGCGUUCAAAAGAUGAUCUUCAGCUAAGACUUAAGAGAGCAGAAAAUAGGCUAAAACAACUUGAGAUGAAUUCCUCAGAAAAGAUAUCACGUUCCCAAGAAAUGAUUCAGAAACUUCAAAAUACGUUGGAAUCUGAGAGAGAAAACUGUGGAUUUGUUAGUGAACAAAGACUGAAACUUCAGCAAGAAAAUGAACAGUUACAGAAAGAGACUGAAGAAUUAAGAAGAAUUGCUCUGGAUGCUCAAAAAAAAGCCAAAUUAAAGAUAAGUACAAUGGAAUAUGAAUUUUCACUAAAGGAACAUGGAUUUGAAGUUCAGUUGAGAGAGAUGGAAGACAGUAAUCGAAAUUCCACUGCUGAACUAAGGAACCUCUUAGCAGCCCAACAGAAAGCAGCCAAUAGAUGGAAAGAGGAAACAAAGACACUUACUGAAAGUGCAGAAAUUAGAAUCAAUAAUCUAAAGAGUGAACUGAGUCGACAGAAACUUCACACCCAAGAGCUGCUUUCUCAGCUGGAAAUGGCAAAUGAAAAGGUAGUUGAGAAUGAAAAAUUAAUUCUAGAGCAUCAAGAAAAAGCCAACAGACUUCAAAGGCGCCUAAGUCAGGCGGAAGAGAGAGCUGCUUCAGCCUCCCAGCAGCUCAGUGUGAUUACAGUACAGAGAAGAAAAGCAGCCUCCAUGAUGAAUCUGGAAAGUAUUUAAAAAGUAUUCAUAGUUCACUAACAGAAUUUUAGAGUUGGGGAAGCUGUUGGACUAGAAGUGUAUUGAAACGGUAAAGCCUGCAGAGAAUGGUUAAGGCUUGUGUCAUUUUGCAUAAGCUUUUUCCAUUCUGUUUUGAGGUUUAUUGGAAAACAGAACAGUGACAGUUUCCUGUGAGUAAAGAAAAUAAAAUCCUCUAUUGAGCUUCAAUGGAGAAUAAAGCCAGCUGAGAAGAACUCGUUGCCUUCAUCAACGUGUUUAUUUUUUAACUUCCCUUUCUUUUCCCUUGAAGAACAUAAUUUUCUAACUGAGCAUAAGGAAGAGAUUUUUACGAAAAUGCUAGAAGUUAACAUUCCAGAUUCCAAUAUUUGGGAAUUUUAUACUUAAUUGUUAUUCCUAAUUCAUUUUUAAAGUUCCUAAGAAUCCAUUAUGAACUCAUAACUAUAAUAAAUUAUUCAAUUUCUAAAA